UGCCUGGCUCACUCUUGCCGGGACAGCUGACAAACGUUGUAGUUGGCGAGGUUAUAUUUGUGAAAGUAAAACGUUGCAUCGCUUCGAUUACAAACACUCAUCAUACGUAUGCGCUUCAGUAUUCGACCGAUAUAAAAUGAGCAAAUACCGGCGGAAAGAAUCCUCGACGGAAGGAAGUGAUAGCGACAGUGAAGAGGAAAGGCGAAAGAGGGAUAUCAAGGAAAGAGAUGAAUUUGCACGUCGUCUCAAAUCCAAGGAUGACACCAAGGUACGCAAGGUUGCUACCCCAGCUGGGUCUGGAGCUGCGGAAGCAGCAAAGAGACUCAAAAUCAUGGAGGUACAAUCCCGAGAUAGGCUCGUUCCAAAGCUUAGAGUGGAGUCCCGUAGAAAAUAUUUGGAAAAGCGAAAGGAAGACAAGGUGGCUGAACUAGAAGCUGAUAUUCUCGAUGAUGAAUAUCUUUUCGAAGAUCAGAUCUUAACGGAACGAGAGAAAAGAGAGCGUGAACAUAAGAAACAAUUACUACAAUUGGCUAAGGAACAUGAAAAAGCACGCGAAAUGGAACGAGUACAGAGAUAUCAUAUGCCUCAUGAAAGAGGCAAAGAUGCCGUUGAACCUGAAGUUAUCGAUUUGGAGCCACCUCAGUCCGAACAAAGCAAAUGGGAAUCCGACCAAAUGUCAUCUGCAGUCUUUCGAUUCGGAGCCAAAGAUAGAAAAGCUAAAGAAGACUACGAUUUAUUAUUAGAAGAUGAAGUAGAGUUUGUCCAGGCUUUACAAAUACCAGGUACUUCUAAAGAAAAGAAGCGUGUUCUUUCACCACCAAGGGAAGGAAAAACAUUGACUACCAUUGAAGAAACUCAAAAAAGUCUUCCCAUAUAUCCCUUCAAGCAUGACUUGAUACAGGCUAUCAGGGAUCAUCAGGUAUUGAUCAUUGAAGGAGAAACUGGCUCUGGAAAGACUACACAAAUUCCUCAGUAUCUUUAUCAGGCAGGUUAUGCCGAAGAUGGUAAGAUCAUAGGGUGUACUCAACCAAGAAGAGUAGCUGCCAUGUCUGUAGCGGCUAGGGUUGCACACGAAAUGGCAGUAAAACUUGGAAAUGAAGUUGGAUAUGCUAUUCGUUUUGAAGACUGUACUUCUCAACGAACUCGUAUCAAAUACAUGACCGAUGGUACGCUGCAUCGUGAAUUCCUCAGUGAACCCGACCUUGCCACUUACAGUGUGAUGAUUAUAGAUGAGGCUCACGAACGAACGUUACACACUGACAUUCUAUUUGGAUUGGUCAAAGACAUAACCCGGUUUCGUACAGACCUCAAGCUGUUGAUAUCUUCAGCUACAUUGGAUGCUACCAAGUUCAGUGAAUUUUUCGACGAUGCUCCAAUUUUUCGUAUUCCCGGUAGACGAUUUCCUGUCGACAUUUACUAUACAAAGGCACCUGAGGCAGACUACAUCGACGCUUGCGUUGUAUCUAUCCUUCAAAUACAUGCUACGCAACCACACGGAGAUAUCCUUGUCUUCCUCACCGGUCAGGACGAGAUAGAGACUUGCCAGGAGAUGCUGCAAGAACGUGUAAGGAGACUAGGGACUAAAUUAGCUGAGCUUCUUAUUUUACCUGUCUACGCCAACUUGCCCAGCGAUAUGCAGGCAAAAAUAUUUCAGCCUACACCUCCUGGUGCUCGCAAGGUGGUUCUAGCCACGAAUAUAGCAGAGACGUCAUUGACAAUAGACAAUAUCGUCUAUGUAAUCGAUCCAGGCUUUGCCAAACAGAAUAAUUUCAAUUCUCGAACCGGGAUGGAGAGCUUAAUGGUAGUUCCGAUCAGCAAAGCCUCCGCCAAUCAAAGAGCAGGCAGGGCGGGCAGAGUAGCACCUGGGAAAUGCUUCAGGUUGUACACUGCGUGGGCUUAUCAGCAUGAACUAGAGGACAAUACUGUCCCAGAAAUACAAAGGAUUAAUCUCGGUAACGCAGUAUUGACGCUCAAAGCACUUGGCAUCAACGAUUUGGUUCAUUUUGACUUCCUCGAUCCUCCGCCCCAUGAGACACUGGUACUUGCGUUGGAACAACUGUACGCCUUGGGAGCUCUGAAUCAUCGUGGAGAGUUAACGAAACUUGGACGGAGGAUGGCAGAGUUUCCUCUAGAUCCGAUGAUGGCUAAAAUGCUGUUGGCUAGUGAACGGUAUCGUUGUUCGGAGGAAAUAGCAACUAUUGCUGCUAUGCUCUCGGUCAAUGGAGCAAUCUUUUAUCGCCCCAAAGACAAGAUCAUUCAUGCGGACACUGCGAGAAAGAAUUUUCACGUGCCUGGUGGAGAUCAUCUCACAUUAUUAAAUGUAUACAAUCAGUGGCAGCAAAGUGAUUUCAGUACGCAUUGGUGUUACGAAAAUUUCAUCCAGCACAGAUCAAUGAAACGAGCAAGAGACGUUCGAGAGCAGCUCGUAGGUCUAAUGCAGAGAGUUGAAAUGGAACUUGUCUCAGGAAUCGAUGAAACUAUUAAUAUAAGAAAGGCAAUAACGGCAGGUUACUUUUAUCACGUCUCGCGAUUGUCGAAGGGCGGUCAUUAUAAAACAGCGAAACACAAUCAAACUGUUUCGAUCCAUCCAAAUAGUUCUCUGUUCCAAGAAUUGCCGCGAUGGCUGCUGUAUCACGAGCUUGUAUUCACAACUAAAGAAUUUAUGCGGCAGGUAACAGAGAUCGAGAGCAAAUGGCUACUGGAAGUGGCACCGCAUUAUUACAAGCCAAAGGAACUGGAAGAUUCAACAAAUAAGAAAAUGCCCAAGGUUGCUGGUAGAUCUCGUCCCGAUGGGACCAACUGAUGAAAAAAAUUCGCCAUAAACAACCGUGUGGACCAUCGUUAUUUAACAAAGUUAUCAAUGGACAUAUCCUUCAGUGGAACGUGGUUGCGCAUCGCCAAAGAAAUGGACUCUAGAAUGUUCUCUGUUGAAUUUGUUGAUCUUAAGCCUUUACUGUUACGGCAAUACCGGAUUGCGAGACUUCCACCCGAAUUGUUAUCGGUCUCGUGCCAUCGAACUCUCGAAAGUCAGUGCGGCGAAACGGUAGUUAAUUCUGCGAUUACCGUGAGUGUUAUUCAACUCGAACAGAAUCAAAUUUAUAAUAAAAAUAAUGAAAAUAAA